AUGUCGCAAGAGAAAACACCUAAGAAAUUGUCACGUAGUGUUCGCUAUAAUAAAAAACGUAAGCUUCGUAAGGAACAAAAAUCAGGCCCUAUGGGACGCUCUUCGAGUACUUUACCAGUGGAUCAAAAUGAGCAUACACCAACCAUGCCGUUGUCAAUAAGCGAUAUUCUUCCCGAAAUAAGACUCGUCUCACC